GAGGCUGCAAGUUCAUGGGGCCCAUCUGUUGGUGAUUAGACGGAGACCUUUCUGUCUUGCCUGUGUCUCUCAUUACCCCUAACCUCGAUUUUCCAUCUUCCUUUCUUUCACGUCAGUUCUGUCCCCUGUAGGAUUAUAAUCUCUCCAUAAAUCCUAACCAGCUUCUUGUCCUUGUCCUGCACAAAACUGUCUGUGUAGUCAAUACAAUUUGUUGCUGGGGGGCAUUGGAACAAAAUCCCACCAAAGUUAUACAAUAUUUAUUUAUAGAUAGAAUAUGUAAUUCAAUUAAACUGCCAUCAAACUGGGCUAUGUACAGAUUUAUCACAAGGGAAAAAUACUCUCUCGUAUAUUCUCUCAUAUAUUGCUAAAACUUAACUACACACAAGGUUAACUUUUUUUCGUCUUAAAAACUCUACUUGGUUCUUCAUUGCACUUUCUCUCUCUCUCCACUUAUCUUUGUAUCACUCCCUGACACUGUUUGUCCUUCAUCAGCAGUUUGCACACUUCCCUCUUUCUCUCCACCUCCUAGCCCUAUAUGUCUCUCUCCUCCUCUAAACAGCAGUCAACUAACUCUUUGUCUCUUCUCUCUCGUGCUCUUCCCUCCCUGUCUCUGCCAGAUCAAAUCUCUCCCCUAGUCUGCUGUUCCAGUUUUGUGUGUUAAAUCCCAUGUGGAUCUAUUUCCACUCUCUUCAUAUAAUAUAAAGUCCAUUUUGCCCUGGGACUUGUCAUUUCUUCCUAUUGCUUUACUCUCUUGUUUCCUUCUGAACUAAAUCAGUGACCUGAAGAUAAUCAGCUUGUAUGAAAACCAAGGAGACUCCUUGCAUCAUAGACCCCUGUUAAGGACAUUUCUCAUCCAGAAUAAUCUGAAAGUAUUAACAAUGAAAGGCUGUGGCUGCCUCCGCCCGGAGACUGACUCAGAGUAUGAUGAGCCCAGCGAAAGCUCUAUAGAGGAAAUCCGAAGAAAACCAGAAAACAGCCAAGUGGAUGGAGAAAUGGUUCUGGCCACAGCAGCUGUUGGAGGAGCUAUUCGAGCACAAAGGAACCAACAGGAGAGAGAGAUAAAUAAAAGGAGGGAACUUGAGAGGAGAACAAAGAGCAACAGGCAAAGAGAGAGAGAACGCAAUGCAGAGCGGGAAAAAGAAAGGCGACUGCAAAAAGAAAGACAGAGGAAUGUUGAAAAGCAAAGACAGAGGCAGGCUGACAAACACAAACAAAAGCGGGCAGAGAAACAGAGGCAAAAAAGGAGAAACAAAUAAACUGUAAAAUCUAUCCAUACGUACAAAUAUAUCAAUGCCUAUUAAUGUAUAGUAUAAUAGUAAACCUAUAAAACUGAAUGAAAUAUAAAUGAGAGAAAAUGUUAAUAUUGCAAGGGGAAAAGAUUGUUGAUAUUUUUAUAAUCAUUAAAGAGCUUCAGUGGCUGUUGAUAACUGAGUAACACAAGAAGAUGACGGGGCAACUCAUAGAGAGGCCUUACCCCCAACAUCACCAGCAUGUACAGACUGGGGACAGUGAGAUCAGGACAGGGAGGAAGGGAAUGGGUGGACAGAUGUAAAAGUCCUACAUUUAAACACUUUUCAGCUUUAAUUUUAAAUUUAGUCACAUACAAUUAUAUGAUCUUGUAUAUGAUAGCCAGUGCCAGUACUAUACCUUACGUAUAGUGCCAAAGAUCCAGAUUAUCACCUGUA